CGUGUUAUACAUGUCAGCGGAUGAAGAGCAGCAAGCAGAAGUAGGCGGGACUCCUACAGAACAACCAUGGCAAGUGGUUAGCCUGGAUUUCAUCACCGGUUUACCACCUACCACCAGUGGUCAUGACGCAAUCCUUGUCAUUAUCGACAAAUUCUCCAAAAUGGGACACUUCAUCCCGACACACACGACAGCAUGCACCGAAGAAACAGCACAACUCUUCGUUCGCUACAUCAUCUCACAACAUGGCAUUCCAACCACACUCAUCUCCGACCGAGACCCCAAGUUCACCAGCAAGUUCUGGAAGGAACUAAUGUCUCUGCUCGGAACCAAACUCGCCAUGUCAUCCGCCUACCAUCUGCAGAUAGACGGACAGACCGAGCGCCUCAACCAGAUUGUCAAGCAACUCCUCCAUGCAGCGUGCAAGGAUGAGAUCUCCAAAUGGGACUUGCAUCUGCCCGUUCUAGAGUUUGCUUACAAUAACGCUACACAUGCCGCUACUGGACAGACGCCGUUCUUCCUCUGCUACAGACGCCACCCGCUCACGCCACAAAAACCGACAGCAUCAGCUACAGUCCAACCUGCACACGACUUCAUCACGACCAUGCAUCAGCUUUGGGAUCGGACCCACAAGCGCCUCCUUGAUAUUCAGCAACAACAGAAGCGCCAGGCCGAUCGCCAUUGCAACGACCACACCAUCACCGUGGGAGACCAGGUGCUCCUCGACACCCGCAACCUUGAUAUUAGCCAUCUCCCAUCUAAACGUUUUUGUGAUGAUAGAUCUUGAGAAGAUCUUUCCGACGCAACGAGAAUCCCUUCAAUCGGAGCAAGAACGCGAAAGCUAUGAAGAUUCAAAGUUCAUGAGCUUGCGUUACAAUUGCGGCGGUUACUAAGUGAAGUUGUGGGGUGACUUUAUAUGGAGUUGGGACCUUUGGGGUUGGGGAAACUUGUCACUCUACUGUAACAGCUGCAAAUUGGUUGGGAACAACCAAGCUAGGUUGGCAAGGGUGGCCAACUUGGAUGGAUUGGUUGGGAAGGGACAGUUGGGGUUCCUAUA